GCAUGGUUGUAUGGGCAAGUGUGUUUCCUGGUCUGAACGGAAUCUCACUCACUCAACUUCUUUGUUCCUUCCCCUUGGCCACCGUUUCAUAUAUAUUUCCAAAUUCCACAUAUAUUUAUCCAUGAUCCAUCUAUAUAUACAUACAUACACCCCCAUGUAAAUGAUUGCAUAGGUAGCGGCAAUAGCUAGAGCUAGAAUUAAUAUUUAUAUAUUUAGGAGUAUAGUUUAAUCACUUAGCCAUAGACAUAGGUACAUAGGAGGAACAUAGGCAUAGAAAUAGAAGAAGCAUCAUGGAAGACAGGGACCAGUGUUGUUCCAAGAAUUCGAAACCGAAGAAGCCACAGCACCGAGAGAAUUCCAAAGCCAUGAAACCGUACAGAGGAAUAAGGAUGAGGAAGUGGGGAAAGUGGGUGGCGGAGAUUCGAGAGCCCAACAAGAGGUCCAGGAUUUGGUUGGGCUCCUACACGACGCCGGUGGCCGCCGCACGCGCCUACGACACCGCCGUCUUCUACCUCCGUGGCCCCAGCGCGCGCCUUAACUUCCCCGAACUCUUGUUCCAGGACGACCAGGAGGGGAAUGAUUCGGUGCAGCACGGCGCAGGGAACAUGUCCGCGGACUCCAUUCGCCGAAAAGCCACGCAAGUCGGCGCCAGAGUCGACGCGCUCCAAACCGCGCUUCACCACCACGCCUCCUCCCACUCCUCUUCCAACUCUCUCAAACCUGACUUGAACGAGUUUCCCAAACUCGAAGACCUUCAAGAUUGAUAUUUCAUAAUUCAUCAUAUCCAAUAUCAAUCAAUAAUAAUAUAUAGUAUCAAUUUCCCAUGUCUUCCUUUCAUUAUAUACUCAUAUCAUAUGUAUAUACAUAGAGUUGGGGCUUCCAAUCUAGCUAACCCCUUCCCCUUAAUUUAUCUUUUGUCCUUUUAAUCAUCGUAAUAUCAAAUCAAAUCAAGUGUUGUUAUUUUCUAGGGUUUUUGCCAAUUCAUAUAUUAUGUAACCUACCAAAUUAAGUGGUUCUUAGCGAGCUUGUUCAUGGAAUCAUGCUUCAAUAUUCGUUGA